ACAUUGAUGAAUGUUCGGAGAAGAACAAAUGCGGUGCCCAUUCGAGCUGCAAGAAUAUCGAGGGGUCAUUUACCUGCACGUGUGACAAUGGAUACACCAGUCAAAAUGGAAGGAAUUGCUUAGACAUCGAUGAAUGCACCACUGGCAAAGCUGACUGUCAUCGCAACGCUGUUUGUAAAAAUCUCCCAGGAUCCUUUACGUGCUUCUGUCCCGAGGGAUUUACCGGCAAAGGUGAUGCGAUUGAUGGAUGUACAGCCCUGUCGUGGUGUGAGUGGAAGGGACAUGACAAAUGUAAUAAAGAGUUUCGUCAUUGUGAUAAUACUGUAAGGAGAUGCACAGGAUGUAAGCCAGGCUACGAAGAAAACAAUGGCGUAUGUCAAGAUGUGAACGAGUGUAAGAAAAACCCAUGUAGCAAAGGUGCCGCGUGUGUGAAUACCGCUGGCUCGUUCAAGUGUCAUUGCCAGAAAGGAUAUCUUUUUAACAGCAAGACACAAAACUGUCAAGAUGUCGACGAGUGCAGCUCCACCAAACGUCACUGUCAUUUUGAUGCCGUGUGUGAGAAUACUCCUGGCUCUUAUAGCUGUAAAUGUAAGAAAGGAUUUGAUGGAGAUGGCUUUUCCUGUGCUGACACCAAUGAAUGCUACAACGGUGACUACAAAUGUCCCCAGAACUCGGCCUGUUCCAACACCCUUGGAUCUUACAAAUGUACAUGUAAAAUGGGAUUUCAUCAAUCUAAAGACAAGUGCAAGAAGGACGUCCUUCCUCAACCACCCACUCCAAAGAAGGAUUCAAAAGGGAUUUCACUAUUAGAUCUUAAUUUUCUGUGGAGCAGUGGAUCUACCCUUAGAUCAGGGGAAGUCUGGAAACUACUUUUCCUUUCAUCAACGCUGGCCAUUGUUAAAUCAUUUGUGUAAAACCAAGUAAACAUUGACACUUGUCUUUA